AUGCUGUUCAAAAGCUUCUUGGUCGCGGCGGUUUUGCCGUUUCUUGCGACGGCGUACGAGGAUCCAUUGGUGACGUUGGAUUAUGUUUCGCUUCAGGGAAAGUACAAUGAAGCGUACAACAUCUCGUAUUUUCGAAGGAUUCCGUUCGCGGCGCCUCCUGUUGGAGAGAACCGGUUUAGGGGACCGCAGCCUGUGGGGACCUUUGACGGGGUUUACGAUGCUGAUAUACCGUAUGAUAUGUGCCCGCAGAGAACUGUCAAUGGGUCGGAGGAUUGUUUGUAUCUGACACUUUACUCCCGCCCAUGGACUGAAGGUGCACCGAAGAAGCCGGUCAUGAUGUUCUUUUAUGGCGGUGGUUUCAUUCAGGGAGCAGCCGGACUGACGCUGCCGCCGUCUUCGUAUCCGGUCCUCAAUGUUUCCGAGUCGACAAACUACAUUGCGGUUUAUCCUAAUUACCGGACAAAUGCGUUCGGCCUCCUUCCCGGCAAGAAAAUCAAGGAAUCCCCCACAUCGGACCUAAACCCAGGACUCCUCGACCAACAGGCAGCCCUGAAAUGGGUCAACAAGUACAUCUCCAAGUUUGGCGGCGACCCCAAAAACGUCACCGUUUGGGGACAGAGCGCCGGCGGUGGUUCCGUUGUUGCCCAGGUUCUUGCAAACGGUGGUAAUACCAGCCCAAAGCUCUUUACAAAGGCUAUCGCAUCUUCUCCAUUCUGGCCACGCAACUACCGCUAUGAUGCACCGGAGGCAGAGGAGAUUUACAGCACUUUGGCAAACUUGACGGGGUGCGCGACGGCGGAUGACUCGUUGAAGUGCUUGAAGGAGGUUGAUGUGCAGAAGAUUAGAGAUGCGAAUCAGAUUAUCAACGCGAUGCAUACGACCACUACAUCAAGCUACACAUGGGCACCGGUCAUUGACGGAGAGUUUCUCAGGGAGAGUUUGUCCUCCGCAACGGAGAAGGGAAGGGUUAACUCGGACUAUGCGAUUGGGAUGUACAAUAGAUUUGAGGGGUCGACCUUUGUCUCUUCGGCGUUAAACAAGGCUGCUUCUACAGGCACAAGUGGGACAGCGGCGUGGAAUUCAACAGAAGAAGGGUUUAGGUUUUGGCUGGACGGCUUCUUGCCCGGUUUGAAAGAGCAGCAUGUCACGGAGGUGAAGGCACUGUAUCCCCCAGCGACAACGAAUGGCAGCACUGUUUAUACCACACAGCAGGACAGAGCUGGUUAUGUGUAUCGCGAUGUUGUUCUCGCUUGCCCAGGAUACUGGAUCUCGACUGCCAGCAAGAAGGCAGGAUAUGUUGGCGAAUACACCAUCUCGCCUGCUAAACAUGCCAGUGAUGUCGGAUAUUGGAAUACUGUCAACUCGCUGCAAACCACACAGCGCUUCCUAUACCAAGGCUAUGCGGGAGCGUAUGCUUCAUUCAUCGAAACUGGAAACCCGAACGCAAACAAGCUCACAAACGACAGCGUAGUAGCGUGGCCAGAGGUGAAGAGCGGGAAGGAGUGGAUCGUGCAAGCUGACGGUUUCGCGGAGGACUCGUUGACAAUGCUGAAAAAGCGGUGCGAUCUCUGGAAGAAAGUUGGGAAAUAUCUACCUUUGUAG